ACUCGUCAUUUUUGAAGCAGAGCCUAUGACGACGUGUCAGGCGCUCUCGUAACUUUAGAAUAUUGACUCGAACAAACGGCACCCACGAAGAUUUCGGAAAUAUUAUCACCUAAUUAAUUUAAAAUGCAAUAUUUGCGUGAUGUUAGUGAUGUCAUGCAUGGUGAAUACGGCUCCGUGAUUGGCCAGGAAAUAGAUACAGGAAGAGUUGGUGGAGAAAAUUAACCGAGUUUCCUUGACUUUGUACUGAACGCAGCGAAAAUAAUAAAUCACCAACUUAUCUGAGUCUGUUUUCUUCGAGUUUGACGGUUUUCUUGUCCGCGUACGAUUAAAAGAAACUUGCUUGGAUUCGAGGAGUGUGGCAGGUUUAUUCAACCGUCGUGAGGCAAGAGUACAGGUGUAAAAUCACGCUGGAAAGUUGGCUUCAGUAUAUUGGCCCAUUAUAGGAAGGUUAUCCGCUUCGCUCGAAGCAUUUGACGUGAUGAAUGAGACUUUCUUAUAUGGUGUGAAAGAGUGAAUGGAAGUUGUUCAAUGAAAAAUUCCAUUUUGGAAGUUUGCAGUGGUAUAUUUGAUACGGAAACUUCUUUCGAAUCGAAGCAAAAAUGGAUCGUAUUUUGGGCAGUAAAGACGGCAUAAGUUUUGACCCUCUGCCUCAUUUUCCGACUUCUGAUCAAGACGUGUGGUGCAUCGAUGAAGGAGCGGCACUUGAAGAACUAUACGGUAUGCUGACUGCUGCCGAACAAGCAUCGUACAAUAAUGGUCACUUAAAUCAAGUAUUGGAACUUCAGGAUGUGAACCACAAUCAGACUGCACCCCAAAACCAAAUGGAACACAUUCAGUUAUACAACAGGCAAUAUCCCGUGGCGUCCAAUCACAUUGCGUCGAUCCCCGCUCUGUCUAACCAAGGCACAACGAGAUUGAACCAUUUUCAACCGGUCAACCCACAAGGAAACUAUCAAAUGCCUGUGCAGAACCAAUCGAGUGUUCUUCCGCUUCCUCCUCCGUACGAGGCGAACAAAAAUGACAUCGACAACCCUUUAACGCAAAGUUUGUUUCCCCCGGCGAAAAUACCGUCUUUCGAAAAGCCGAAGUCGUUGGAAGCGCAAGUGGACUCGGCAUUUGUCACUUUUGUGGAUCUCAAGACGUUCUAUGAAAAGGACAGUGUCGCCUACAAGGAAAGUCAGAACAAAGACUGGAUUAUGCUUCCGCAUUUGUUCGAAUAUAUUUGGAAGAUCCCGACAAAGUGCAAGCAAAGUCCGCAUUCGUUGAGCGGUCACCCGAUGCUGCGCAUAUUAUCAAAGACAACGUCGGACAAGUAUUGCUGAAUAUCAUGACCGACAAAAAUGAUCAUUGGAUUAAAGUGAAUCUAGACGACGCAGGCAGCGAGGUUUAUAAACUCUCGAAGGUUAAAGGUGAGGAGCGCAAUCUUUUUCGCGUUGGACUGAAGCUGCUUUUUAAAGAUGCGAACAAUUGGAGGACAUUUUACAGCGAUUCGUUUCAAGUGAAAAGCAAACCAAAGACAGCCGAAAUUUCUUACGAAGAGUGCGAAAAGCCAACUGUCAAAGUUGAGCCAGAACUGACAAAGAGACCGGUAAAGCGUCUAAGAAUGGACGAACAAGAUAUUACGACAAGUCCGCUUAGUAACGGCUCGUCGAUAUUUCCCGAAGUGAUCACGGAUCACCUCGAGGCGACCACAGCGAACAUCAAACAGCUGAAAGUCAGCAAUCCCAUUCAGACGCCACGUGGCGACAUCGCGUAUCACUUCAAACUGAAGGGCUUUUCGAACAGUCUGCAGCUGGAGGAAGGCGAUUUGAUUGGCUUCUUCGAGAAUCCAGAGGACGGAAGCAGCGAGAUACGGAAGCUGACAUGCGACAAUGCACCUCACGCCAAGUUGGCGGGUGUGAUAAGCCGUUCCGCUUGGAUCGAAGGAAAAACUCCUGGGGACGAUGAUAAAGAGCGCACAGAUGUUGUUUGCGUCAUUGGCGUGGUCAAAGUCAAGGUGAGAGGUGUCGUUGAAAAUGGCGAGCGUAUCUAUGCAUCCAUAAAUUCAUAUCCGGGAAUGGCUAUGCCGGAACACGUGAUCAAACAAGUGACGUCACAAGACCUUACACUGAUUGGUCAAUCGCUGGAAACGGUGAACAACGUUAGUCCAGGAGUCAGUCUUGUCUCGUGUUUCGUUUCCAUUCUCCUGAGUAUUCAGACGCAGCACACGACCAAGGCUCUUAGUGACAUGCGCGUUGACGUUCUUGGAAAUGUAGACAAGAAGAUUUUUACUGCAAAGCGAAUUAUUGUUAGAGGUAUUGGUUUGAAGUUGCUGAUAUUUUUUAUCUUCCUCGGCCUCCUUGGUGUGUUUUUGUAUCAGGUGUAUGCUCCACUUACUGCAUACCGAUACUGGAGGUGCUCCAUGGGCUCCGUCGACGAUUCGACGUCGUCGUUCACAUUUACAACUUUCAACUUCCAGGUUCCUCGCGUUAACGGAAUCGAAUUUACAUUCGAUAAACUUCAGGACAAGCUCGAUGAGAAGUAUGUGCGGAAAAAGAACGAUUCUACCGAUCGCUAUUAUCUGAACAUCGAUCGGUGCGCAGUCGGUGGUCGUCCAGCGUAUGGUAUUCGCGGGCCCAAGUUCUUCGUCAUCGACGGCAAAUGCAACGUGGCUUAUUACUAUUUUAGUGGUACUUACAGGAGAUAUAACUCGGGGAGAAAUUUUUUGUGCUCUUUUCAUCAAGAUAACUGCGUCGGAUGUGACAUAAGCGAAACGUCGUCCAGAACUAGUCCACUGAAUGUCACUGGCAAUUAUUCUAUGAAUGUUACCCAACAUCCAUCCUCUGCAGAAGACAAGUGCUUACGAAAUAGAACGCACACGGGCAGUGCCAAUUUCAAAUACAUUUCGCUUUCUGGGAAAAAGGUAACAGUUGAAGGUAUCGAGGUGACUGUGGAGGAUUUAAGAAGUUUGUUCGAAAUGAAAAUAAAAGGAGUUCGUUCUAGCUUAGAUGAAGAUUCAAGACUGGAGAAUAUAAGGACUUGAUUUUCAUCAUCAGAUUGCUACCGUCAAGGGCACUGUAGACCGGUGAUUGCUACGGUACAGAUGUACCGAAAAAGAACUCUCAUUUUUCAUGCGGACUUACAAUCGAAAUAGAUACAUAAAAUGUUCUCAAAUUAAAUCUUCAUGUAUUUUUCUA